AUGGAGCGCGUCUACUCGGCGUUCUUCGCGUCCGAGCGACGCAACGACUCGCGCGAGCUCACGGCGGCGUCUCUUGCGUGUCACAACGAGACGCUGAAGCGCUCGGAUGGACCGCCGCAGCGUACGUGCGGUAGCGAAAGCGACCGACGACGUCGCGAAGAUAGCGACAAGAGACUGAGCGAAUCGAUUCCCGAAGCCAUGCGACACGCAGCCGCGCGACGCCAGGAGCUCUGCAACCUGACGACCGACUGGAAGCGCUACUUCAAGAACGAUCUGGAAGCGGCGUGUCAGGCCGCGGCACGAGCUUUUGUCUUGGCGUACGGCGCCAAAGCGUUUACGGCUGUGCUAUUGGCUUCGCGAAAGUGGAGCAGUCUCGAGUACGGCUACGCUGACGCGGCGAGGCUCUUGUUGCGACGCGAUACGCUGCGAUUUGGCGCUUUCUUUGGGACGUUAGUGGGGACGUUUCGCGUCACGGAACUUGCGGCGCGCGCGGCUCGAGGCGGACAGCGAGAUGCGAUCACUUUGGCCAUUGCUGGCUUCGUGUCUGGCUCGGCGUUGUUGCUGGAUUCACCAGCGAGGCGAACGACCGUUUCGCUGUACAUUUUCGUACGCAUGGUGGACGUCGUGUGUCGCCAUUUGACGUCCAGCGGCGUCUUGCCGACGUGGCGGUACUCCUCCGAGAUGCUCUUUGCCAUGAGCAAUGCGGCAAUUCUGUAUGCCUUCGUGGUAGAUCCGAGCUUGUUACCCGAGAACUAUUACCAAUGGAUUUGUCGGAUCGGCGCCGUCAAUCAUCAUGGCUUAGAAUACACUGUGCGCCAGCGUAUGCGUGGUGCACUAGACGCCCAUGGAAACGCGUUGUCGUUUCGUCCGUGCCAACCUCACUACCACAUGGAGUCCUGUGUGACGCACGCAAUCAAGGAAUGGAUCAACGGCUUGGGGAGGUCAUUGCAAAUCUACCUUCCGGUACAUUUUCUUCCGGCUAUGAUUUUUCGCUUUCAGCAGCUUCGAGGAGCUCCAGCGAGCACAACCGCCCGCAUCUCCUACGCAGCACUACGCUCCUCAGCGUUUCUUACGUCGUAUCAGACGGUGGCGAAGUUGGUGAUAUGCAUGGCUCGCAACGCGUUACGCCGAGACGAAGCUGCCGCGCCGCUGGCUGCUGGAAUUGCAACGGGUGGCGCUUUGUUCUUUGAACACACCAAGCGCCGCUUCGAACUCAUGCUGUACUGUUUGCCACGCGCAAUCGACAUUGUGUGGCAACUGCUGAAGCGCCGUGGCAUUGUGCGCUACGUGAAGCACAGUGAAGUAGUGCUGUUUUGCCUCUCGAUGUCGCUGAUCAUGUCAAGCCCGGCGCGUUAUUUUAAGCCGCCAUACCUUCAGAUUCUACGAUUUAUAUUCGGAGGCGACAUCAUUUGA